AUGAUACCAGAAGAGCAGAGGACGCCAAUUAUUCUACCAGCUGAUCAUAGAAUAACUCGGCUAAUUUUUACAGAACAUCAUCGGAGUUUACUGCAUUGUGGUCCAUCAGCACUUUUAGCAGACAUAAGACGCCAAUAUUGGCCGGUACGUGGAAGACUCAUAGCCAGAUCAGUAGUCAAGCGUUGUGUUGAUUGUAUCAGAGCAAAACCGAAGUUUCAACAUCCCUUGAUGGCACCACUGCCUAAAGAAAGAGUCAUUAGCACGCGUCCUUUUACAAAUACGGGCGUCGACUUCGCUGGUCCAUUGAUAAUACGAAGCGGAAUUCGCGGGAGACCUGGAAAAAAGGCUUGGAUAGCAAUAUUUGUCUGCUUUUCCACCAAGGCUGCGCACAUAGAAGCAGUGGAGGACUUAACAUCUAAUGCAUUUAUUGCCUCACUUCGAAGAUUCUGCUCCAGGCGUGGAAAACCUGAUAAAAUAUGGAGUGACAAUGGUACCAAUUUCGUUGGAGCUAACCGAGAACUGACCACAUACACAAGGGGUAUACAAUCAUUGUCAGCUGCCGAAGGUAUUAACUGGCAUUUUAACCCUCCAUCCACUCCACAUUUUGGAGGAAUCUGGGAAAGCUGCGUGAAAAGCGCAAAGCACCAUUUAUCAAGAAUCGUCAAGGAUGCACAUUUAACACUCAGCGAACUUCAGACACUACUUUGUCAAAUCGAGGCGUGCUUAAACUCUCGCCCUCUUUCCCCAUUAAGCAGCAGUCCAGACGAUUUGGAGCCGCUUACCCCUGCUCACUUUCUUAUAGGAGGUCCAAUCACAUUGCCACCAGAACCAGACUUAACGUCCCAACAAUUAGUGGACUCCGAAGAUGGAAGCUAG